AUGUUGGUGACAGUGCAUACGAAACACGAGAUCACAUCGUGGCUAGCGAUGUCUCGCGCGUUUCUGCCAGAUCAACGAGCCGCGUGUUUGAUCAGGAAGUUGGUGUUGCGAUCGCAGUUGUCAGUGAAUGUGUGGCGACGUGAGCAGGAGGAGAAGGGACCUCCGUACAUCGGACUGACCAUCGAACGACUACGGGCCAUUCGGGCAUUCGCACACGCCUCUUUGAAACGCACAUCUGAAGUGAACACUUGA